AUGGGGCUUCCGGAUCCCAUCAUUGAUCUUGACUGGAGCGGCUACAUCGGUGCCAUCCACGGGAUUUUCCACAAGAAUGCUUCACAAAACCCCCAAGCGCCCUGCGUCAUGGAAACUGCCUCUUCUACCACUCCCGAGAGGGACGAGAAUGGUGCUUUCGCGCCCCGUGUCCAGAAGUACAUGAACGAGGAUCUAUCCCGCAAGAUUCGAGUGCCCGAGCUACGGAUGAGCGAUGAUAGUCACCUGAGCGGUGGCGAGGUGGAUAGGAAGGAAGUCUUCACCGACAUGGAAAGCAAAGCAGCAACGCCUCCUGACGUUUCUGGUGGGACCAGACCCAACAAUUUCUCGUGGAUGACCAAAACCUUCCGCUGGACUUCCGACACCAAGUUCGCUUGUCAAAGUGAAAUAAGCCACAAUCCCAUUCAGCGAGACAUCUUUAACCCUCUCUUCAUGGGCGGCGAGCUAAUUUGCCCUGCUCGUGAAAGCAUUGCCCACAAAAGGUUAGCGGAGUGGUUCCGUGACCACGAACCUAACGCGGUCCAUUUGACGCCCGCCAUGGGUCAAAUCUUGUGCGGCGGUGCCAGAGCGGAUUUCCCUUCCCUGAAGUGGGUUCUCUACGUUGGCGAUAUUCUGACUAAGAAGGAUUGCGCUGCGCUCCGCAAGCUGGCGCCCAACGCCGAGAUCUGCGCCGCCUAUGGCACCACCGAGACGAGCCGCACCGUAUCCUACUACCACAUCAAGAACCAUGCCGAGGAUCCGAAUGCCUUGGAUCUCUUUGGAGACAUUGUACUUGCCGAGAAGGGCAUCGAGAAUGUCCAGCUCCUUGUAGUCAACCGAGAUGACCCAACCAUGCUUUGCGGCGUCGGUGAGCCCGAGUCGGAUUUCUUUGAGAGUGGCGGGCACAGUCUACUGGCUCAGCAGCCUCUUCUUCAGAUCCACAAGAGCCCGGGGGCCAACGUGUCCAUCCGUUCAGUGUACUCAAACACAACCCUCCGGGCUCUUAGCACCCAGAUUGCCCUCCAGCUUGAGGGCAAGGAGGGCCUAGGUGUGGCGGGGGAUGCCGGCAGACCCUGCGGCACUUUCACUGGCAGGCAAGACGACAGUCUCUGUGACGGGCGCCACGGGAUCCAGGGGUCAUACAUCGUCAAGGACUUGCUCGAGCGUGAGAACGUACAUGUGAUCGCCUAUGUCCGUGGAACCAAGGGUGUCCCGGCCGCCCUCGAGCGCCUACAGAAAUCUCUCCGCGGAUACAGCGUAUGGCAGGACUCUUGGGCCAGUAGGUUGCGCGCCGUUAUUGGUGACUUGACGCAGCCACGUCUUGGUUUGGAUGGCGACACAUGGAAGAUGCUUGGUGACGCUGUCGAUGUGGUGAUUCACAAUGGCGCCCUCGUCCACUGGGUAUCGGAACAGCUUGUCCGCGAAGCUGGCAGAUGUGGCCUACUCGGAUCUAUCGUCCGACCUAGCUAUAUCCUUGGUGACGCUGCCACCGGUGUCUGCAUCCACGACGACUUUCUUGUCCGCAUGCUCAAGGGCUGUAUCCAGCUCUCUAGCCGUCCGCACAUCAUCAAUACCAUCAACACCGUGCCAGUAGGUGACGCCUCGUGUGUUGUUGUUGCCGCUAGCCUGAACCCCGUCCGAGCGGAAACGGCAAAAAGCAACAGCGGCACCGACGACCUUGGUGUCCAUGUUCUCCACGUCACUGCUCAUCCUCGCCUGCGUAUGAACAAAUCUCUCUCCAUCCUGAGUUACUACGGCUUCGAUGUUCCUGAGGUGGAUUGCGAUCACUGCAAGACCCAGCUUGAGACAUUUGUUUCGGCCGGUCCUAUCCAGAAAGACGACGAGCAGAGCGCUUUGAUACCUCUCUUCCACAUGGCGACGAACAACUGCCCACCAAUACUCGCGCGCCGAAACUGGAUGAUCGAAAUGCUGUUACUGUCCUCAAGGCCGAUGCAGAUAGAUGGACAGGCGUAG